UUAUUUUUAAAAUAAAUGGGCCACCUAAAAGGCUCAGACAGUUAUCACUAAACAUAAUUUAAAAACGUCAGUCUAAUGAAAGCUAAUUAAUUGAGAAAACUAAACGCCCAGACAAAAAGAAAGAAAAAAAAAAUAGCCCUACAUUAAAAAGAUAAAAAAUAAGAUCAUAAGACAACGUAAAAAAAGAAUAACAGUAAACCAUCGAGAAAAUUGUGCUAUGCGUUAUGGAAUCAUAAAUUACUAAGAAGAAACUACUAGGGUAAUGCAUGAAGAUAUUUGUUCAUUGCAUGUAUAAUGUAUAUGAAGGUGAAAUGCAAAAUGUAAUUUUUUAAGACAAAAUGAAGCUGUUAUCAUAUUCAGCAAAGUGGUCACUACUCCAAAAAGAAAAAGCGGAACCUGUGCCUUUCUGGCGACCGUUCACUUCCGGUCAUCUACGUCCGCCCCUUCGAUCACUUGUGUUUUGUGCUAGUGAUCUUUCUAUCACAAUAUUUUUGUGAUCAAACCCGCUCUUGCGUACUGGACGGUAGAGCGGACACAAACGCUCAGUCCCGUGCAGCGUGGACGCGCGCACAGCGCUGAACUUACGUGCACAGCGGCCUCGAGAACGCGCCGUUAGCGUCUGUUAGCAUAUACCUGUUUACUGCAGUAAAACCACUCCUGAUGGACUGACAACGCAUCGUCACAGGCUACACGGCUCUUUUGGUAAAGGGCUAUGGCGCAUCAGCACGGCUCGUCUGACCUCUCCCAGGAUGCUCGAUCACCUCGAGCCGCCUCACUCACGGAUCACGACUCCGGAGUGGAAGAUGGAGACGAUGGCUCCCACAGCCCUACCACAAACUCCACAAUCUAUGUUGCUUUCAAAGGGAACAUGAAUGAUGAGGACUUUAAGGAGAAGCUGGAUACCAUCUUAAACAGGAUGCCUGAUAUGCUCUUACUAGGUACUAACAAGCUCAAACCCAAGCGUGUGGAGCCGUGGAACAGCGUGCGUGUCACUUUCAACAUCCCCAGAGAGGCAGCCGAGCGACUGCGCCUCCUGGCUCAAAACAACCAGCAGCAGCUGCGGGAACUGGGCAUCCUCUCUGUGCAGAUUGAAGGUGAAGGUGCUAUCAACGUUGCGGUUGGACAGAACCGAAGUCAAGAAGUAAGGGUUAAUGGUCCCCUUGGUGCACCUGGUCAGAUGAGAAUGGAUGUUGGCUUCCCCAUGCAGCAGGGCCAGGCUGGAAUGCGAAUGAAUAACCCUUCGGUAUCCAUGAUGCCCCCUGGGGCUAAUAUGGCACCACAGGGAAUGGUACCGAAUAGUGGUGGACAGAUGCAGCCAAGAGCACCAAGACCACCUUCACAGACAGACCCAAUGGAUCCCAUGCUGGCCUUACAGCAACAGCAACAACAACUCCAGCAUACUCAAGUGGGACAUGGUCCAAUCGGCAACUUAGGCCCACAGGGACAUCACAUACAAGCCAUGCAGGCAAAUCGACAGUUAAAUCCAGCAGCCCUACAGCAACUUCAGCAACAGCAGCACCAGCAACAGCAGGUUCAGCUGGCUCAACUAAGUGGUGCACGUGGUCCUUUCAACCCCUCUAACCAGAUGCCUGUACCUCCUGGCUGGAACCAGUUGCCCUCUGGUGUUCUCCAACCACCACCUGUCCAGGGUCCUAUGGGACCAGGUUGGAGAAAAGCCCCCCCACAGCCACAAAUGGGGCAGCGUCAACCCUCUUUGGCAUCGGUUCAGACACCCAAUCAUCCACCACCACCAUAUCCAUUUGGAAGCCAGCAGGCUGGACAGGUUUUUAAUGCAAUGACACCGCUUCAGUUGCAACAACAACAGCAGCAGCAGCAGACAGGGGCAAACCAGUUUGCAACCCCUCAGCCCAAAGGCCCUCAAGGAGCACCAGGUGUAGUUGUCUCAAGGGCACCUCCUCCUCUGCCUCCUCCUUCUGCCACACAAGGCAAUCUUGCAGCUAAGUCCCCUGGUUCCUCGUCAUCUCCUUUCCAACAGGGCUCACCUGGAACUCCUCCAAUGAUGGGACAAGGACAGGGGCAACUUGGUCCACGUCCCACAACCCCCCAGGGGUUCCCACAGGGUGUUGGAUCUCCAGGUAGAGCUGUGAUGGGCCAGCAAGGAAACAUUCAGCCAGGCUUUAUGGGCAUUCCACAACAUGGACAGGUCCCUCAAGGUGGUAUGGGAGGUAUGCCCAAACGAAUGCCAAUGGGGUUCCCAAAUGCUCCUGUUAAUCAUAACUUUGCACAAGGACAGGUUACUACCACUGGAGCAGGUAGUACACCCCAAUUACAAAAUAAUCAGAGCGUUUCGAACACUGGUGUCCAGUCUUCAGCCUCAGCGCCAAACCACAUGCAGUCAAAUCCCCUUCAAGGUGCUGGAAUGAUCCAACACACUAGCAUGCCAGCCCAACCCCCAGGCACCACCUCAGGUGGUAGUAUGGGGCAACCUCAGCAAGGUCUUCAAACUCAAAUGAUGGGUGUACCGCAGACCCAACAUCAAACACAGGCAGUAGUUUCCUCACAAAGUCAAAUGGUACAAAGCCAAACAGGGGGCCAGACUGUCCUGUCUAGGCCAGUGAAUACCGGGCAACGAGGAAUGACCCCUCCUAAGCAAAUGAUGCCACCACAGGGUCAAGGGAUCAUGCAGAACCAAAACCAACACAGUGGAGGACAGGGACAUCAGGCAUUAUUGCUGCAGCAGCAGCAACAACAGCAGCAGCAGCAACAACAACAACAACAACAACAACAGCAGCAGCAGCAGCAACAACAGCAAAAUGCUAUGAUGGAACACAUUGUAGCUAGUCAGAUACAGAGUAACAAGCAGGCCUUUGGCCCAAAAGGUCAGCCUGGGGUAAUGUCAGGCCAGAUGAUGAGAGGUCCUUCACCCAAUAUUCAAAGUAAUUUGCCACAGUUUCAACCUCAGAUGGGCCAGCAACAGAUGACUCAGCAACAGCAUCAGCAACAACAACAACAAUUGGCUCAUUUGCAACAACAGCAGCAAUUACAGCAACAGCAGCUACAGCAACAACAAUUACAACAGCAGCAACUACAACUGCAACACCAACAGCCACAACAGUCACAAAUGCAACAACAGCAGCUACAGCAGCAACCCCAGCUACAGCAGCAACCCCAUCAGCAAAUGGUACAACAACAGUCUCAACAAAUUCCAAUAAAUGGCAACCCCAACCAAGCAUUGGGAAUUCAUGGAUCUCAAAUGCGACUUCCAGGAAAUCACCAUUUAGUACAACAACAGCUUCAGCAAAAGCAACAGCAACAGCAGGUGAUGCUGCAGCAGCAACAGGCUGGUCAGCAACAUCAACAUCAGCUUGGAGAUAGUAGUGGAAACUCUGAUAUCAGCCAACAGAUGGUUCCAGACCUGCAGAAUCAGCAACAACAGCAGGGUAUGUUGGGGGGUCCUCAACAUUUACAGGUUGGCAAUGGCCAUUUUCCUGGUCAUGGCAUGUCCUUCAAUCCUCAGUUUGCUGGUCAGAUGCCAAUAGGAGGCCCAUGUGGGCAAGCAGGUGGAUUUCCAGUAAACAAGGAUGUGACAUUAACCAGUCCCUUGUUAGUAAAUCUUCUCCAAAGUGAUAUUUCUGCCAGCCAGUUUGGUCCUGGUGGGAAGCAAGGAACAGGUGGGGUUGCUGCUAACCAGGCUAAGCCUAAAAAGAAAAAACCUCCACGUAAGAAAAAACCAAAAGCAGGAGAAGGACAACAGUCUGCUGAUGGUCUGUGUGGUCUGGAUUCAGUACCCCAUGGAAUGGAGGAAGUAGAGAUGCAAGGGCUGGGUAGUGAUCAAGGGGCUGGCCUUGACUCUAACGCCAAACAUUCUGAAUUCGCAAAUCGACCAGGUCUGCCUGGUCAGUCUGGAGAUCAAAGGGUAUUACAGCAAAUGCCAAUGCAGUUUAUGCCCCCACAACAGCAGCAACAGAUGCAGCAAAUGCAACAACAGCAGCAAAUGCAACAGCAGCAGCAGUUACAACAACAGCAGCAGCAACAGAUGCAACAGAUGCAGCAGCAACAGAUGCAACAGCAGCAGAUGCAACAACAGCAUCAACAAAUUCAACAGCAGCAAAUGCAACAGCAACAAAUGCAGAGUAUGCAGGGUCCUCAAGGUCAAGCUGGAACAUCACAAGGAACCCAUCAUGUCCAGACCCAGAUUCAUUCACAACAGUCAAUGCAGAUGCAGCAACAACAACAGCCACCACAACACCUCCAACAACAACUGCAGUCACAGCCACAACAGCAGCAACAACAGACACAGCAGCACAGCAGCAACAACAUCAGCAGCAGCAGCAACAACAACAAAUGAUGAUGAUGCUUAAAAUGCAACAAGAAGCUAAGAAUCGAAUGCCGUUACAGCAAGGUGGUCACAUUCCAAAGGGUUUAGUCAAUCCCAGUGAUCCAUCUCAGAGAAUGCCUGUAUCGCAGCCGGGCAACAUGCCUGUAAUGAUCGAUCUUCAAGGGCAUGGAGGUGUUCCACCUUCUCCUGAUAAAGCCAGAGGCAUGCCACUCAUGGUGAAUCCAUCUCUCACAGGACCAGCGAGAA